UUAUUGCCCAGCCCAGGAAAUAGCGUAAAUACGAAAAAAAGCGAAAUGAAAUGAGAUUCUCCACUCGCUGCCACUUCACAACAAAGUCACAACUUCUCAGUCUGCGACUCCGUGGAAAUCAUUAAAUUGUGAUAAACAUGGGAAAAGACUCGAAGGCAAAGGAGUCCGGGGGGAAGGGAAAGGGGAAACAGGCUGCAAGUGGAAGUGACGAGAAUGCUUCUAAGGGCAAAGGAAAAGGUGGGAAAGGAGGAGAUGCACUUGGUACUUGCACCUAUGUCAAAGCGAGGCAUGUCUUGUGUGAGAAACAAGGUAAGAUCAAUGAAGCCUACAAGAAACUGCAGGAUGGUUGGCUUAGCGACGGAGAUAAGGUCCCACCAGCUGAGUUUGCAAAGAUAGCUCAAGAGUAUUCAGAAUGUCCUUCAGGGAAGAAGGGUGGAGACCUUGGAUGGUUUCCCCGUGGAAAGAUGGCUGGUCCUUUUCAGGAUGUUGCCUUCAGCACACCUAUUGGAGCUACUAGUGCUCCUUUCAAAUCAACGCAUGGCUACCAUAUUAUCUUAUGCGAAGGAAGAAAGAACUGAUCCCUGAAUAAGAACGGAACUGUCUAAUUAAAUGCUCUGCUUCCUUUCCUUUUGAGAUUGUGGUUGAGAAUAUAAACCUACAGUUUCCAUAGUGUGUGCACUGAUCUUGCUUUCUAAUACUUCGAUAAAUCAGAUAAUAUAUGUGAAUGUGGAUGGUUUUAUUACA